AACCUCAUUGAAAUCUGUAUAUUCAUUGUUAUGACAGUAAUAUAACUCGUGAUAAAUUCUUUUUUUGGGUUUUCUUUCUUUAUCAUUUAUCGAUUCUGAAAUAUAUUUAUGAUAACUGAAAUUAAAACAUUUUGAUAAGAUGCGUUGAAUUUGACAACAUUUACGAUGUUAUUUACUUAUCUAUGAUCUUGUAUAUGAAGCGUAAAGAUAAAAAUCGUUCGAUUAAAACAAAAUUAAAUUUGAAUAGAUGAUAUCUUUUCGUUUACAUUGAAAUAUAUGAUCUAAUAAUAGAGUUGCGCUUGACGAAAAAUAGAAAUCGAUUGUUAAAGUGAUAUUGCGAUGACUAGAUUCGAUAUAUCGAAUAAUAUGUCGGCCAUUUUAGCAUAGCGGUGCUCGUCGUUACCGCCAAAUCAGAGUUGUGUGAACGAAGAUUUUAUAAAUGUUGUCGCGUAUGUGUAUGUACACAUGAUAUUAAUAUAAAUAUUUGCUUUCAUGCAAUCAUAUUAUUUUCUUUUUUAUUCUACACUAAUUUGUGUAAAACAUAUGUGACCAUGUCAGAAUAUUGUUUUUUGUGUCUCACCGAUGAAGGCGUCUUUCUUGAUAUUACGCCUACUAACUAUAAAUCUUUACGUGGCGAUGUCGAAAAGUUUUUGUCUUUAAAGGUCGAGAAGAACAUCAAAAAAACAAACAGGGUUUGUUAUAAAUGUGCGUUCGAGUUAAGACAAUGUAAUGAUUUUUUGAAGAAGUAUAAAGAAGCUCGUAAAACUAUAGGAUCUAAAAUCUAUGAAAGGAAGUGCUGUACUUUUUGUUUGGAAACGAAGAAGAGAGGAUAUUUGAAUCAUUGUCUCCAUCCAUUGAACAAUUUUAAUGACGAUCUAAUAUCUAAAGUUCAGCAGCUUUUCCAAGAUGAUCUUGUUGAAUACAACAAAGAAAUUAUAUUAAUGUGUCUAUCAUGUAGAUACAGCUUGGAUAUAUUGUUUGACUUAAAGUCUCUAUAUUUAGAAUUUUCUAAAGAAAGAGAUACGUUUGAUAAAAAUAAAGACUAUUCAACGUUACCUAAGGUUAAUACAAUUGUAAUAAAACGAAAAACCACCAUCACCGCAUCAAUGAAAACGAGAUCAUAUAUUUUAAGUAAUCCUGAUUCCGAUUCUAGCGUAAAGGAAGAGAAUUCCGAAGUUACAAUGAAUAAAAAAAUAGCAUCCUCUCGACCAAAGUCUCGCUUUUGUGAUGCAUGUAAAACUUCUGUGAAAGAUGGUGAAGAUAUGUAUAGAUUUUAUAAGACUAGAUUAACAGUAUGUAAAACAUGUUGGACAAGCAUGGAUCCUAGUAAAUGCAUAACAAGACUUAAAAAACCAAUUCGGACGGAUACAAAAUUAUGUGCAGUAUUCUUAAAAGAUGUUUUGACUGAUGUAACAUUUAAACAACAUAAGACUUAUAAAGUUGAAAAGGAUAGCUACGGUAAUAAUUUAUAUAUUAUAACAGAUAGUGAAAGUGAAGUCGAUGCAGAGGAUAAAAUGGAUACGAAAUCUUUGCAAUCUCGAGGAAAGCUUCCCAAUGGAUCUGAUAAUAAACCAAAAAUAGGUAAAAAACGUUCGAAAGUAAAUACGAAAAGUGACAGCAGUGAUAGUGAAACUAAAAGUAUUAAAAGGAUCAAACAUGAUAAAGAAACUAAGUCAAAGUCAAAGUCAAAAUUGCAAGACGCAAAACCUGUGAAGAAAAAAUCUGCAACGCGCAAUCACUAUUCCGAUACUGAUAUUUCUUCGAAUAAAACAUUACGAAUUACUAGAGCAACAGGGCUUCAACAAGGAAGUAAAAAAGUAUAUUCUUUGUCGGACGUCGAUACUGAUAAUUCUCAGAGAAAGAAACAACAUAUAACUUCAGGACGUUUGAAACGAUUUAGGGAAGACAAUACAAGCGAUGAAUCAUCACUUACCGAAGAUAGUACAAAGGAAAAGAAUUCAAACGAACAAUCAAUUAUUAAGUCUAAAUCGCAUGCAAGUAAUAAUAUAACUGGAAAGAGAAAGAAAACAAAAUCGAGUUCAAGUUCAACAUCUAUCAAUGAAAACACCUCGUUAUCAGAGAUAAAGAAUUUUGCAUCAAAAAGAUUACGUAAAAGUUUUGUUAAGAUAUUAAAGAUCUCGGAAGGAGAAACAUCAUCCGAUAACACAGAUCCGGAUGAAACGAAUUUAAAUAAAACGAAAAAGUGUAUUUGUCGUGAAUGCGGUAUAACAUUCGAGAAUAAACUUAAACUAGUUACACACGAAUUAACUCACUCUAAAACAUUGGAAUUAAAAUUGCAUAAGUUAAAGAUUCAGGAUAAAUGCACAGAUGAGGAGGAAGUUGAUAAAUCGUGUACAGAGAAAUUCAAUGAUGAUAUAAAUGAACAACAAAAUGAAGAAAUUACUCUUAGUGUUAAUGAUGACGAAGAAUCGGAAACUAUGGAUGUAACAAAUCAAAAUAACGUAACACAAGAAACAAUAAAAAAGUCAAAUAAGAAUACAAAAUGCUCUCUUGUUAAGAACGAAAAGAAGGAUUCGUUACAAAGGCGUAGUAGCACAGAUAAAGAAGAUACAAAAGAAUCUGAAGCGAUAGAAACAGUCACAAAGCCUAUUUGUAAAUAUUCUAUUAAAGUUAUCGAGGGCAAAGAUAAAAUAUCUGAAAGUACGGAACAAAUUGAGUCGAUGCUUACUCCUACAGAAAAUAACAAUACUUCAAAGAAUAUUGACGAUGAUCGGAAUCAAAAUGAUGACUCUGAUAAUGAUACGGUUAAGGACAUCGAACAAUUAAAAAAAAAAAAGGAAGAAAUUAACGAAGAGACAGAGGAUAAAGAUAAGAAGAAAAUAAAUGAGAUAAGAGAUGAGGAAAAUAAGAAUAUUGAAGAACAUGAUAAUGAUACAAAAGAGAAGGAGGAAGAUAAAACAGAAAAAGUUAAAGAAAAUAACGUAAAGGAGAAAGAAGGUACGUUGAAGGAAAAAGAAAUUGUAGCGAAUGAUGAAGAAAAUAAAACAGAGGAAAAUGGGAAAGGAAAUGACAAAACAAACGGAACGGAGAUUAAUACAAAUAAAAUGGAAAUUAAUACAAAUGAAAUGGAAAAUAAUACAAAUGAAACGGAAAAUAAUAUAAGUGAGAUAAAGGAUAUAACGAAGGAAACGAAAGAAUACGAGACGAACGAUAAAGAUAGUGCAACGAAUAGAAAGGAAAAUGAGAUAAACAAAAAAGAUGAUACGAUGGAGGAAAAAGCGAAUGAAAUAGAAGAAAAAGAACAUAAAACGAAAAAAAUUGAAAUAAGUAAAGCGGAGAAAGAAGAACAGAAUAGUGAUAUAAAUGAAGAUAGCAAAGAUUUAAAUUCUAAAAAUUCUGUAUUAAAUGUUAACAUUAAUUUAGUUGAUAAUCUGAUUGGAAAUUUAAAUGAAAAAGAUGAGACGAGUACAAAUAAUAAAGAUGAGAAGAGUAUAGAUAAUAAAGAUUGGAAGAGUACAGAUAAUAAAGAUGAGAAGAGUACAGAUAAUAAACAUGAGAAGAGUACAGAUAAUAAAGAUGAGAGGAGUACAGAUAAUAAACAUGAGAAGAAUGAAACAAACAAAAUUAUGAAUAAUGCCAGUUUAGAAAAUUGUAAUGAAAGUAACAUUCUUACAUCUGAUACAAAGUCAAUGAAAGAUAAUUCGAAUUCUGAAGAAAUAGAUAAUCAAGUAGAUAUAUCUAAUACUACGCAUUCGUCAGAAGAAAAGGAAUACACGAAUGAUGCUCAGAAAUUACUCAGUGAUUUGACAACUUUGAGCGAGCCUGCCACAAGUAAAGAGGUCAGUGCAAUAAACAAAAAUAAUAAAGAAUCUGUUAAUACAGUAGUAGAAAUGGUAGAACAUGUUUUUGAUUUAGUCACAAAUGAUCAACAAAAUCAUCUAAGCACCGUAGAACAUAAUAUAAGAUGUAGUCAAUUGGAACCAGAAACUUUGGAGGAUAUUUCACGGGAAAUACAGAAAAGUGCUGACAUGCCAUCUUUAGAUCCAAUCAAUUCUACAGAAAUGGACCAUAAUGAUGUAUCAAUAAAUUGAAAUUAGUAAGUUCAUUAUUAUUCCAUAUCAAAGAUAAACAUCAAUGAACAAAAUCAGAAAUAAAGUAAAUUUUAUACAAAGGGUAUGUCAGUAGAUACAUAUUUGUAGAAUAUCUGUACUUUAUUGAAUUAUGCUUAAGAAUAUUCUAAAUAUAAUAAAAAAUUCUUAAUCAUAGAUUUUUAUACAUUGUGGUCAUAUCACUGACUUGAUCUAUUAAAAACACGUCAAGUUUUAAAUAGCAAUAAUUGAGAUAUAAUUAAGUUGAUCUGUUAAUGCAAAUGCAUUUUUGUUUGCAUUACAAUUUUUAUUUCUUAUUCUCUCUCUAUUCUCUAUUCCCGAAGAAAAAUAUU